UUUGGAAGGCAAAACAGCUCUUAUACUAUAUGCAUUUUAGCCUUAAUGGUGGCUUUUUGGAAGUCAAAUUGCUGGGAAAAUGAAUUGUGACAACAAUGGGCAACAGUGUCUUUGUCAUGUGUAUUUCAGGCUGAUGUGGCAUUCUUGUUCAUCCGAUAACAGUUCAGUGGGUUUGGAGCCUGCUGGAAAUUAGCUGUGUUCAUCGGAGGUGAUGUAGUCGCUUUACACGCCUGUACGUGUACGAGUGUGACAGAGGCUCAGUGCAGUGUGUGUCUGUCAUUAGACACAGCCGUCUCUCCUCGCACUCCCCCUUCCCCGGGCUUCCCUGUCUCUCCUCUGUUGCUCUGUCUCUGUAAUCAUCUGUACGCAUCCCCUCCAUCCACUGGAUUUCACCCCCCUCCUCUCUGCCCCCCAAUCUAUUCUCCCCCUGGAGCAGCGACAACUGAAGCAGCGCUGGGGCUCUCCUCCUCUCUGACAUCAAUAGACUGAAGGGUCAUUAUUUUCUUCUUCUUUUUUUUUUAAUUCGGGGGUCCAUGACUGGCUUGCACGGUGGGGGUGCUGCUCAUUCAUUCCCGGCUGGCAUCCAUUCAUCGGUUCGUCAGACCUCCAGAGAGAAAGACUCCAGCCAGCAGUGUCCACCGCAGACUAACCAAUGUAAAGUGGAGACGCCCAGCGAUCAGAGUGCGUGACAGCAGGAUGCGGGAGCCAAGCUGGCACUUCUCCUCUGGAUGGGCACAGGGAUCCCUCUUGGUCUGCUCGCUGUCCUUGUGUGCGGCCUCCUCCUUUCUCUCCUGUCCUUCACUGUGUAUCUGUAACUCUGACAGUUUGGAGGUGGACUGCAGUGGCCGAGGACUCACAUCCAUACCACCCGAUCUUCCACAGGACAUCCGAAUCCUUCUACUGCUCAACAACCGCAUAACCUCUCUUGCUGGAGGUCCUUUCUCAAACUUAACAUCUCUGCACCGCUUGGACCUCUCCAAUAACUUCCUUGACCAGUUACCUCCAGGUCUCUUUGCGGAUCUGGGAAACCUUACAGAAAUUCGUCUUCGGAACAACAGCAUUCGCAGUAUAGAGCGAGACCUCCUUCAAGGCCUGCCACAGCUUCGUAGACUGGACCUAUCCCUCAACUUUUUGUCCCAGUUACCUCCGGGAUUGUUUGAUGACUUAUCGACACUCCACUGGUUAUCACUGCGCUCCAAUCGGCUACAGAAUUUGGACAGGAUGACUUUUGAGCCACUAGGUAGCCUGGAAAACAUUCAAUUGGGUGAUAAUCCAUGGGAGUGUGAUUGCAACCUACGAGACUUCAAACACUGGAUGGAGUGGUUCUCGUACAGAGGGGGUAAAAUUGAUGAACUACAAUGCACCCUGCCCAAGGACCUGCGCGGGAGGGACAUGCGGAUGGUCCCAGUCGAAAUGUUCAAUUAUUGCUUACAACUAGAAGAUGAAAACAGCUCUGGACCAGUAGACAGGCCAUCCCUGCCUUGCACAAAGGCAAGCCCUGCCCUUGCAGAGCCGGACCCAGGGCCAGACUGCCCACAGAAACAGAGGUACCGUCCUGCCAGUGUCCGGCGAGCCAUUGGUACUGUGAUCAUCGCGGGGGUGGUUUGUGGUGUAGUCUGCAUCAUGAUGGUAGUGGCGGCAGCGUACGGAUGUAUCUAUGCUUCGCUAAUGGCAAAGUACCACCGAGAGCUAAAGAAGAGACAGCCCUUGAUGGGCGACACGGAGGGGGAGCAGGAGGAACAGCGGCAGAUCUCGUCAGUCGCAUGAGGAGAGCUUUAACACCAGGGCAAGUAGCUGAUACAGAAGCAUCCAUUUUGUCCAACGCAGGUUGCCAUGCGCACCCGUUGAGCAGGAGAGCGGUUGUACGAAAGCCCUGUUGGGGUACAUCACAAAGGGGCACAACAAAAAGCACUUAGUCUACUUCUAGAACAACUUAACUAUCAGCGGCACAAGAUGGCUAUCAAUUGUUCAGAGGAAAUAGAAGGAACUUUGAUGUAACCCAAUCGUACAGUUACAUAUUUACCAGCACAAGGACAUCUAAAGUUAAACACAUUAAACAAAACCAAUUUUUGGACACCAAACAUAAACCCGUUGAAGAAAAAUAAUAAAAAAAAAAGCACAAAAAUGUGCAAAUGACAAGUAUGUAAAGAAAAAAACACAGCUAACAAAAAUGUCACUUUUUGUGACGGACGCAUUGGUUGGUUCCUGAUUCAACAUCUCUGGAUAUAACCAUAAUACGGAGUAUAGUGAGAAUACUGCCUGCUGUGAUGUGGAUUUAGGAGAAUAUUUUUUGGUAGAACUGAUGUGUUCACAGAGUAUCAGCUCACUAACUUUGUCGCUCCCACUGAUAUUGCAAUAAAUAGAGAUGGCAUUCAACUUUUUGA